CCGAGACUGAGGACAGGUAAAAGUGGGAGUACCACAAGCUCCAACUCAGGUGUGUUAUGCACUACGUCCGCAUUAACCAUAAUGAAGCGUGCUGUGUGAGUGGCCAUUUUCCCCGAACAGAAAUGUCAUAGGUGUUUUUGGUGUGACAAAGUUAUAGUUAAAGUGCAAGCACAAUGGGUUCCAAAAUUGAGUAUGUCGACUCCUCGCAAAUCUACGCUACGAGUUAUGUGAGAAACUCCAAAGCCAUAGGAGUGUUAUGGGCGAUAUUCACGAUAUGUUACGCGAUUAUUGGGGUUGUUUCGUUUAUAACACCAGAGUGGAUCGGAGAUGUACAGGGCGAAUCCCCAGGGAAGUUCGGGUUAUGGUCAAUGUGCUACGCUGAAGAAACUGGAGAGCAAUGCAAGGGCCGAUUGGACGACUUCAUGGGAAUACCUGGGUAUGCUUUUAAAGCCGCCACUGUGGCUAUCGGUUUGGCAUGCAUAACCGCACUUUUGACUAUUUGUGCCAUGAUUUUGUUUUUCUUCUGUCACUCGACCACGGUGUUUCACAUUUGCGCAUGGAUGCAGCUCUUGUCUGCUGUAUGCAUGAUAAUUGGUUGCUCCUGCUUCCCAGUGGGAUGGUCGGAGGAAAGCAUAAGAAAAGUGUGUGGAAAUUCGGAUAAAUACAGUCUUGGAACCUGUGGAAUCAGAUGGGCUUACCUACUUGCUGCUAUAGGUUGCUUGGAUGCUGUUAUAUUGUCAACCUUGGCUUUUAUUUUAGCCACUAGGCAUGUCAGGCUACAACCCGAUCCACAUUAUGCGCCUGCCAGCUUAUUUAAAGGUGAAAUGAACAGCGCCUUCGUAGGCGACUCGGCCAGCGUGGCUGGUUCCAGAAAAUCCCUAAACCUCCACCCAGUAAUGCUAAUGCAUCCAGGACAAGACGACACGUAUUCCCAAUUUUCCCAAAGGACAGUACCGAGAUCCACCCAUUCGGGACAUUACUCCCAUCCGCAUGCAAUGCAUCACAACUUCCAAUUGUAAAAACAAAAAGAAUUUUAAUAGAAGAGGUAAUUUUAUUUUUCGUAACCAUUAAGUUUUAUUUAAACCAAUACAGAAUUAAUUGUGUUAAUUGAGGAUAAAAUUGAAAAAAUAUAUUAUAUAAAAACUGUGAUUAUUUACAGUUAGUUAACAUAAACAACAAACAUGUUUUACCAUAUUCUUAAAUCUAUAAAUAGGAACAUUAUUCUGACUUUGUAAAAUGUGUAUUAUCUUUUAAUGAUUUAAAAAGUAGA